AUGCUGAGCAGGUUGAUGAGCGGCAGCAGCAGGAGCCUGGAGCGCGAGUACAGCUGCACGGUGCGGCUGCUGGACGACAGCGAGUACACCUGCACCAUCCAGAGAGAUGCCAAAGGCCAGUACCUGUUUGACCUUCUUUGCCACCACCUGAACCUACUUGAGAAAGACUAUUUUGGAAUCCGCUUUGUGGACCCAGAUAAGCAGCGGCAUUGGUUGGAGUUUACAAAGUCUGUGGUGAAGCAACUGAGAUCCCAGCCUCCCUUCACCAUGUGUUUCCGUGUGAAGUUCUACCCCGCAGAUCCUGCUGCCCUGAAAGAGGAAAUAACCAGGUAUUUAGUCUUCCUGCAGAUCAAAAGGGAUCUCUACCACGGCCGCCUCCUCUGUAAAACAUCAGAUGCUGCCUUGUUAGCAGCUUAUAUCCUUCAAGCGGAGAUUGGGGAUUAUGACCCAGGGAAGCACCCUGAAGGCUACAGCUCCAAGUUCCAGUUUUUCCCUAAACAUUCAGAGAAGCUGGAAAGGAAAAUUGCUGAGAUUCACAAGACAGAACUCAGUGGUCAAACACCAGCAACAUCAGAGCUGAACUUUUUAAGAAAAGCACAGACAUUGGAGACAUACGGGGUGGACCCUCAUCCAUGUAAGGAUGUGUCAGGAAAUGCUGCAUUUCUGGCCUUCACUCCUUUUGGAUUUGUUGUUCUGCAAGGAAAUAAGAGGGUCCACUUCAUUAAAUGGAAUGAGGUGACCAAGCUGAAAUUUGAAGGAAAGACUUUCUAUUUAUACGUAAGUCAGAAAGAGGAAAAGAAAAUUAUUCUCACAUAUUUUGCUCCAACUCCAGAAGCCUGCAAGCACCUCUGGAAAUGUGGAAUCGAGAACCAAGCCUUCUACAAGCUGGAGAAGUCAAGCCAAGUCCGCACAGUGUCCAGCAGCAAUUUAUUCUUUAAAGGGAGCCGGUUCCGAUACAGUGGCCGAGUUGCAAAGGAAGUAAUGGAAUCGAGUGCCAAGAUCAAACGAGAGCCACCAGAAAUACACAGAGCAGGCAUGGUUCCCAGCCGCAGCUGUCCCUCCAUAACCCAUGGCCCAAGGCUGAGCAGUGUCCCCAGGACUCGGAGAAGAGCUGUUCACAUCUCCAUCAUGGAAGGCCUCGAGUCACUACGGGACAGUGCGCAUUCCACCCCGGUGCGUUCCUCCUCCCACGGGGACACCUUCCUGCCUCACGUGAGAAGCAGCCGGGCAGACAGCAAUGAGCGAGUCGCCGUGAUUGCAGACGAGGCCUACAGCCCUGCAGACAGCGUGCUGCCCACCCCCGUGGCUGAGCACAGCCUGGAGCUGAUGCUGCUUUCCCGGCAGAUCAAUGGGGCCACCUGCAGCAUCGAGGAGGAGAAGGAGUCUGAAGCCAGCACCCCAACUGCUGCAGAGGUGGAGGCCCUUGGGGGAGAGCUGAGGGCCCUGUGUCAGGGGCACAGCAGGCCAGAGGAGGAACAGAGUGGGCAUCUGAAGGGACCACCGCUACAGCAAGCUGCAGCAGCAGGGGUGGGAUCCAGGACCAUUUCUGGAACAGUGGAGGCUCUGGGAUUGCUUGUAUAAAGGGUGCUCGAACAACCAACCAGCAAAGAGAUGUCCGAUGCCAAGAUGAGCAAGAUCAAGUACUGGAAUGCUAAAAUGCGGCCAGAAUCUACGAAUGGAAGAGGGCCUGUCUGAUCAUUUCCAUACCAGCAACAGUUUGGGCAGAAUUACAAACAUCUAUUUACCAAGUGACAAGACAAACUGAGGGAGAUCCUAAUAAAGAUUAGGGAUCGCUUAGAACCAACUAGCCACUGCCACUUGUCAUCUACACAGGAAAGGCUUUAUUUAGCACAGGAGUGAAGUGAAAAGUAGACUCAGAUGAAAAGGCUGUCAGGAGAUAGGGGGCUGGUAUUAACCUGGAUAUCUACUGUCUUAUGCAACAUAGCAGCUUACCUUUAGCGUAGUGUUCCUACCUCAGUCUGUAGAAAACGGUGUUUCUAUGCAGUGAGUGGUAGCCUUGACUGACCUUUCAUAUUUACAUUAAAGAAAGAUGUAGUACUCCAUUUCCUGGUACAUUACUUGUGUCUAGAGUUCUAACAGUACAACAGUCCAUACCACUUCCAACAGCUGGAUUUUGCUCUCUGAACAGAAGCUUUCAGGUUAUUUUUUUCCAGAGCUUAUCCCAGAAAAUACAGAUAGAAAAGUUUCCUUCAAUUUGCUUUUCAAAUAGUGCUUGAAUAACAAACCUCCUUUGUUGAUGACUAGUCUUUUUUGGUAUCUCCUCCAUCAUUAAAUAUUGUUCAAGUUUUUAACCUGGUUUUACUGUGUUCUACUAUUUCUCCCAUUUUCUCUCAAAAUUAGUUUGAUCUCAUUGUAGAAAAAGCAAUGGUUUCCAUAGCUUCAUCUAUCAGAGGAAAUAAAACUCUCACUAAAGAAUAGUAUACUGCAUCUUUAAGCAGUAGAGGGUAAACUACCUGCAAAUGUGAAUUUCUUAGUUUCAUUAAAAAAUAGUUGUUAACUUUUUGUGUGCCAAAAAUUCUAAGUUACAUUUUCCUUCAAAGCAAUGUACUUUUUUCUACAUAUGCAGGAUGUAGUUAGCAUAAAAUCAUUGGUGCCAU